GAAAGAAGGAAAAACCUGACCACAUGGUGAUAAGUUUCUCAAUAUCUAUUCCAACGUAGUUCAUAUUACGCAUUUCUAAGGAGUGUACAGCUAGCUCGUCACUCUAUUUAAGCUGAGCUUGCAUUCUCAAAAAUUCAUAUGCAACUUCUUUUUUCUUUAAAAGUGUUUUCCUCCUCCUUUUUCUUUCUUUAAUGGAGAAGAAUGAAAUUGUUUAUGAAUUUAAACCAUUUUUAAGGGUUUACAAAGAUGGUCGAAAAGAGAGGAUUUUUGUCAGAAAAUCUAUUCCACCAUCUAUGGAAGACCCAAAAACAGGUGUUUCAUCAAAAGAUGUUAUAGUUACACCUGAAAAUGGUGUUCCUUCAAGAAUCUAUCUCCCUAAAUUAACCCAACAACAAGAACAGCUCAAUAAACGGUUUCCACUUCUCCUUUACUUCCAUGGACGAGGUUUUUGUGCUGAGAGUCCUUCAUCUCCAACUUACCAUAACUAUGUUAGUUCUCUAGUUGCGGAGGCUAACGUGGUUGCCGUGUCAGUAGGUUUUAGACUAGUACCUGAACACCAUCUUCCUGUUGCCUAUGAUGAUUCCUGGGGAGACAUAGAAUGGGUACUUUCUCACUCUACAGGACACGGUUCUGAGAACUGGUUGAACAACUAUGUCGACUACAACCGAGUAUUCAUGGCUGGCGAUAGCUCGGGUGCUAACAUUUCGCACAACAUGGCUAUGCGGCUGGCUCGAACUCAUCAAGAAAAACAAGUGCUGCAUGGUUUUCAGUUUUCUGGCGUUGUUUUGAUUCAUCCUUAUUUUUGGGAUGUGAAACCCAUUGGUUCCGAGAAGAAACAUAUGAGUAAGAAGAUAUUAGCGGACGGACUUUGGCCGAUUAUAUAUCCAGCAUCGUCUGGUUAUGAUGAUCCACUUAUCAACCCCUGCAAAGACACUAACCUUUCAAGCUUAGGAUGCAGAAGGUUACUAGUUUUUGUUGCAGAGGAAGACUUAGUCAGGGACAGAGGCUGGUUGUACUAUGAAACAUUAAGAAAUAGUAAAUGGAAUGGUGUUGUUGAGAUUAUGGAGUCACAAGGGGAGGAUCAUGUGUUCCAUCUGCUUAACCCUGAUUCUGAAAAGGCCGUGAAGAUGAAGGAAUUAGUGGUUUCUUUCCUCAACCAUCAGGAGCAUAUUCCCAGUCGGAUCUAAAUUUCUAUAAAAGCUUUAUAUACGUGCAGAAUAUAUAUAGUUGUUUGGAGUGUAGUAUCAGGCUCAUGUAAAAUAGGCACACACAGCUUCCAGAGAAUGUUAACUAUUUAUUUUAUUUGUUCCAGUACAAAAGCUAAAAUCCUCAUAACAGAAGCAAAAUAAAAGCAUUAUAUAACUUUUACUUCUCCUGCAAAAUAGAAAAAUAGAAUACAACUAGUAA